CACUGUAUAUAGAGGCUAAGAAGGGAAGUCAGUCUCAUUGAAAGAUCUCAGAGAUGUGAGGGAACACUAUUCAAAUAGACUAACACUAGUCUUUAGUUUACUUCACUAAUAUGUAGUAUAUAUAAUUAUAAUAUAUAAUAAAAUCAUAUUUCAUUUUAGGACUGACAGUGUGUCAUGGUAAAGUUAUUUGGAGUUCAAUUGAAAGUAAGGGAAACUGAAGUAGAUUUCAAAUCAGAAGAAUGAAUUAGAAGAAUCUGGAAAAAGCAGAGUCUGUCCUGUGGUUCCUCCAGAUGGAAAUGGACUACCAGGGAGAGGGCAGGUACUAUGAGGUCAGGCAGGGUGAUAGCAAUGUGUACUGCUUAGUGCAUGGAGCCUGGAUUUGUGAAGACCCUGCUGGGCCCAAAGUCUUGCUGUCACUCCUGCACCUCUUCUGAUGUGCAAUGGACAACUUCCAGUAUAGUGUCCAGCUCAGUGAUCGAGAGUGGGCUGAGUUCUCAGCCACUGCUGAUGAGUGUGGCCUCUUGCAGGCUGGCCUGGCCUCUGGUGACGAGCUCUUGUCCAGUGACCUUGGAAGUGACCUUGGAAGUGACAGUGGAAGCAGCCCCCCUAGGCCCCCACCCCUCUUCACGGGGCAGCUGGCUCUCCAGGGGAGGGGACAACAGGGCUGUGAGUUGGAGGACGUGGUUACUCAGCAGCUGGUCAGCAGGUCUCAGUGUGAGCCUGUCCUGGCUCUGGAAGCCAGUCAUCAGGUAGCCAGCACGUCUACACAGUCAGAAGCUCUACCCUUCCUCGGCUCAGACAGUGUCUGUCCUGGCCAGGCCUUGUCCUUCCCAGGGUCAGCAACUCUCAGGGACAAGAUGCAGAGGCUUUUGCAGGGCCCUGCUCCUAGCUCUCCUGGUGAGCCCUCUCAUAACCCUGAACCUGGCCACAGUGCCAUGCCUCAGAGUGCCCCUGACAACCUUGAAACUCCACCUCGGAACCCUGGUCGUAAGAAGAAGCGUGCUGUGGGCACCAAGGGGGGCAAGUGCUCUGGCUCUCUGGGAUCUGCUGCUGUUCAGAUGAGCUCCCCACAGCUUAUGGAGACCAGGCCCAAGGAGGUUCUUGUGUCUGGGACAUUAAUGGUGGAAGACCAGCAGGAUAAGACACAGUCAGACUCUGCAGGUGCUUCUGAACAUGGCUCUAGUAUCCCUGGACAGAUGGCCAGACAAGAGUCAGGCUUGGAUCUGUCUAUACCUGUUAUAAUAACUGAAGAAGAUACAGACAAGAUCAGAAAGACACGCAGAGCUGUGCCACACAUGAUAUCCAAACCUGUCCAGGAAGCUCAUCCAGAUUUCUCCAUGGCCACACCAAAUGUGUCUCUUUCUAUGCAUGCAUCCAAGCCUCAACCCUACAUGGCUUUGUCUAAGCCUGCCUCCAAGCCUCAGUCUGACACAGAUUUGUCUACACAUGUCUCCACAUCUGACAUGACUUUGUCCACACUUGCCUUCAAAUGCCAACCCAAUACAAAUCAGCCUACACCUGCCUCCAUGUCUCAAUGGGACAAAGCUGAUUGCACACCUGGACUGCAAGAGGAUCUAUCUUCGGCAGGCUCAGAGAUCAAGCCAGAAGUUUAUCCCUCUAUGCCUGCCCCAGUGGUUAUGCUUUGUACAGAUCUGCCUCAUUCUGUUUCAAAGACUGAUUCUGAAGAGAGGGUGUCUAUACCUGCUAUGCCUUCCUUAUCCCCUACUUCCCAGGCUGAAGCUGCCAUGGUGGAUACAGAUGUGACUGUGCCUUCUAGGGGGUAUUUUGAGAAGCCAGUAGGACAGCUCUCAACAGGGUCCUCAGGCUACUCCUCAGGGGAGCCUUGCCCAGGUCCUGUCCAAACCCCCAAGAAGAAGAAAGUACGAUUCUCCAUGGCUGUACCUAGCCAUGAAGAAUCAGGAUCAGGUGAACCUACAGGCCAACCCUUCCUAACCCCAGACUGGCCUCCAGCUCCCAAGACAGCAUCAGUGAGCCGCGGGGGGUCUGCAGCCUGGGAUGCUAUAGCUGUUGGGCACCGACUCCCCCAGCCUCGGAUCCUCAAGCACCUGCCUCCUCCUACAUCCUCUGUCUCAGCAGAGCCUGAGCCUGGAAGCUGCUAUGCAGUGACUCUCCCUGAGGCCUAUGAGUUCUUCUUCUGUGACACCAUUGAGGAAGAAGAUGAAGAUGUAGAGGAUGAGGCAGCAGCUAGCCAAGCCCUGGAUGAAGUUCAGUGGCCUGACACAUGCGAGUUCUUUUUUCGAGACAGCAGAGUCCAAAGGUCAAGUAGUCAGAGGGGACACUCCCUAGUCCUACACUCAAGAGCAGAGGCUGUGGCACCUGAUUCCCCUGGAGAUUUAGUGCCUAUCUCAAUCCCUGAGGUCUAUGAACACUUUUUUACCGAAGAAGGAUUUGGGAAUAGACAGCCACCAGCCACCCAUAUUCAACUACAGACCUCAGAGCUCUUCAGGGAAGUAGGGUCUGAGGCAUACUCUAAGCCUGUUCCAGCUACAGCAGAACAUCUUAGCUUGGCAAUCAGAGAGACAGGAGAGCUACGAAGUCCCCUUACUUCAUUUACAUUCAGCCAGAAUGACAUGUGCCUGGUGUUUGUUGCCUUUGCCACUUGGGCUGUGAGAACCUCUGACCUACAUGCCCCAGAUGCUUGGAAAACAGUCUUGCUGGCCAACAUUGGCACAAUCUCUGCUAUCCGCUACUUCCGCCGUCAGAUUGGGAGAGGGCAUAAUGGCAGACCAAGACCCAGUUCCGACUCAAGCCCAAGCUGCUAAGAGCCAGGCUGGCCUGGUGAAGCACAGGACAUGGGGAUUAACCCAGGUGACAAGGACAAGAUGUUGCUCUUCUCUCCAUCUUUUGAUCCCUGUCUUCUGAGGCAUCUAGGAAGGAGCCAGGUCCUUGGUGCUGACUUACUUGAACUCAACCUAAGAGUCCAGCCAGUGGCUAAAGCCAAGUCCAUUUUCUAUACCUGAGAGGGUUGAGAUUCAUGCUGUGGGUGAGUGUGCCCUGAGCCAGGAUCUGGGUAAUAGGGUAUCAGAUUUGCAAGUAAAAAAUAGCUGUAUUUGAAUUUACAUGAAGUUCUUGAGAUGUACUUGUAUGAAGAAAGUCUUUGUUGUUAUCUGAAAUCCAACUUAAUUGGGCACCCUGCAUUUUGUCCAAUCAUAAAUAAAGGAUGAGCAACAGAAGAGGACUCUACAACAAGUCUAGGCCAAGAGGCUACUAAGUGCCUUCGUAGCUAGAGGGGGACAGUUCAAGAAUUUUGCCCUAUUGAAAGGCAGGCUUGGCUGACAGGGGUCUCCAAGGCCCUGACCCCUGAGGCACUAUAGCCACAGCUUCCCUAGGCCUGGCCUGAGUCAAUGAAUAGGUUCUAGAAUAGUGGUUCUCAACCUUCCUAAUGUUGCAACCCUUUAAUACAGUUCCUCAUGUUGUAGUGACCCCCAACCAUAAAGUUAUUUUUAUUGACUUCAUAACUGUAAUUUUGCUACUAUUAUGAAUCAUAAUGGAAAUUUUUUUUGGAGCUAGAGGUUUGCCUAGGGGGUAGCACCCCACAGCUUGAGAACCACUGUUAUAGGGGAUACCUCUGGGGGUGGUUUCUGAGGCCCUUGCAGUAUGGGAUCUGUGGGGCAGGGUUGGAUCUUCUCCAAGAGCUCUGGACAGGAUAUACAUAGAAUUUGAUAGCAUCCUAUGGAAGGAUUGUCUCCUGAUACUAUAGGGGGCUUGAAUGAAGCCAAGGCUGAGAGAAGUUGUAGAGUGGUAAGGUAGGUGAGGGGACUGAGGUGGCAUGGUGAAGACAGUACACAAAGGUCCUUAGGAUGGUGGGGUACUCUGGCUGCUCAGAGGGGAACACAGGGACACGGCAGCAAUAAAAGCUCUUUCUUGUU